AUGCAAGCAUCUGCGUCUCUUUCUAUACCCUUUUUGUGGUGGACGGAGGGUCUGCAUGCACAUCUGUGUGGUAUAUAUAUAUAUAUAUAUAUAUAUGCAUCCCCACCUCCUUUUUUUACUUUUUCUUUUUCUUGUCUUCUCCUUCGUUUUGUUUGUUUGUUUGUUUUUUGUUUUUUUUUUGUAAGGUUGGUUGGUUGCUUUCUUUCUUUCUUCUUCCCGUUGGAUCGGAGAGAGAGAGAGAGAGAGAGAGAGAGAGAGAGAGAGAGAGAGAGAGAGAGAGAACAGGAAGGAAGAGAUAAACGUACACAAGAACGGUUUUUCAUCCGGAACAUGUCGAUCCCGGAAGUUGUGAAAAGGCGUGCCUCCGUGCAGCGACCCGAUGGUGAAGAGCGGCUGCGCGAAUUGAGGCGGGACUUGGAGUACGAGCGGCUGCUGGGAGAUGACGAUAUGGCAGGGGCACUCAUGUAUGGUGCCAACAGCCGUGAGGAUCGCAUCAUGCAGAUGGACGCGCUGGUGGAAAUGCAGCGGAAGAUAUUCCGACGGGGCAGCACGGCGCAUGCCAUUGUACUCUCCGCCAACGUUCUUACGAUGGCAGUGAUGGCCUCGCAGCUUGCGAUGUUUCGUUGGAAGGUUACGGAGGCGCAGACACUCACCGAGGCGACAGCCAGCAUUCAGCAUCAAGUCAUGCGCGCCCAGAAAUGCGGGUUCACAGUUCGACGCGUGGCAGCGACGACAUCGACAAGGGAUUCGGAGAAAGAAAAGUUUCGCAGGAAGGACUCGUUUGUUUGCGCUCAUGCCGCGGAGGAAAGAACGGAUUUAAUUCCGGCGGAUGAAAAGAGGAAAGCCGCCCCUGCGACUGAUGCUGCUUCUAGGGCCCCAGCAGUGGGAGCGGAGCACAUGCAGCAUGUGAGGGAUUCGGAGGACAAUGCUCGCCCUGUGAGUCCGCCUUCUUCUGUGUGCAGCGCUGAGAGCGAGGCCGCGGUGCGGAAACCACCGCCAGAUGACAUGGUGGCGCAGCUUGUUGUUGUGGACACCUUUACUCAUGAACCCUUUUCUGACAUUGUGGACCACCUGCGUUACUUUGACCGCGAGAACAGCUUGGGUCUCGUUAUUGUGCUGAUGCUGCAUGACAACUAUGAAAACCACUCUCCUGGUAUGGUUAUCCUGCCGAAGCACACGACCACCGUGUCGGAGGCGUACAGUCUUGGAUAUGACUUGGUGCUACGCCGCUGCUUUGAUCACACCGUUGUUAAAUUAUUUACGGAGAUGUUCAUGUCGGCCAAAGGUCGGUGGUGCAAGGAAAUGCAUUCCAAGGGCAUCGUUGGGAACUACCGUGGCAUGCGGCACAUUCUCCUUGAGCAGGACGACGUGGCGCCAAGAAACGGCGUGCUGUCAGUUCCCGAUGUUGACGAGUGUAGCAACAACGGUAGUGAUGACAUGGGCCCCUUGAAAAACUUUCAAAGUUCUUACAUGUCUUCAACGCUUCUGUCAUCGACUUUGGCGUCACUCCCUCCACAGCUCUCGACGAUGGGCGUACGCGGCGCCGUUGCCAGCGCACCUAAUCAGCGAAUGCAUCAACUUCAUUCCAUCUUCAAUGUAAAGGACAUACUAACGAAUGUUAUGUCGCCCUCGAAGAGUGUGAAGCACGCCACAAAGCGUCUGCUUCGCCGGUCUAAUUCCAUGCGAGACUUCCUCGUCGGCAGCCAUGGCGGUGAAAUUGAGAACGGUUAUAAAAACGACGAGAAUGCCGAGAAGAUCUACGAGGACGCACUCGUGGACGAGAAGGAAGAAGUAGAGAGCGCCGUUGUGGCCGCCUACAAGCAGGAGAUUUUGCGGCUUGUGACGGAGUUGGAGUGCAGCGAGCGUACUGUCGCUCUUCUCAAAAACGAGGUUGCCCAGUUGGGGGAAAGGAAGUCCUCCGACACCAACUUUGGUGCUCAAUCCCCCCUCAACUCCAACUCCUGCAACGACAGCGGCCCCGAAAACUUUAUCUCCGUCUCGAAGGAGCAGCAGGUUAUCACUCUGAGACAGCGGCUCGCGUCCGUGACGGAUAAACUCAUGGCGUAUGAAAUGCAGAACAACAACCGGACCAGGAAGAGGAGCAAUUGGCUGCAGGAUAAUCGCAUAAGCGUUUCCCCAAUCACGACACCCCGGCGCGGCACGAUGUCACCGGAAGGAGAUGCACAAGAUGUUUUUUCAAACACUGCUACGACGACUUAUGGCGUGAGGACAAUGGAAAGUAGUUUACUCGAGCGCACGGGCACCAUAGGCGAAAGGACCCUGAACCUCACUCACUCGCGGAUAUUUUCUCCAGACGUGGCAGAUGAUGGCAUCUCCAACCUCCGCAGUGAGAUCGCCUCCCUCUUGCAGGAGCGAAAGCGGAGCACCAGAGAAAUGAAGUUGCAAGUAAGUGAAAUGGAGCGGUUGGAGGAUAAAAAUGUUCGGAUGGCGACACGAUUGGCCGAUGCCAUGGAGACGAUACUAGUGCAAAAGGAGCUAAUAGCGGAGCUGGAGGAAAGACUGCAGCAAAAGAAUCAUGAGGAGAUAAAAUUAAGGAGUGAGAAGGGGGGAAAGAAGCGAGGGGAAAAGGAAUUGGAUGACGAUGGUGAUGGUGAUGGUGGCAGGCCACACGGCGGUGCAAGUAUCGGUCGCAAUGCCAAGGCGAAGCGCAAGAAGCAGGAAACACCGGCGGCUGUUGCCCGCGUCUCCACGUGGGUCAAAAGUGUCCCAUCGUGUGCUUCAACACGAGCCCCCAGUGCGCUCCACAGCGCGGAUUUGGGGGAGAGAGAACAGAUGCGGGGCGCGCGGCCCACACACCCGUAUGGGGAAACAGGGAAAAGAUCGCCUCCCCAAGCCGCUCAAAAGCAGCAACGCAAGACAGAGAUGCAGGAACAGUUGAAGCCGUCUCCAACAAGGCCAAACCAUCCGCAAAAACAGGGGCGUGUUCCCUUAAAGAAAACGAAAUACAACAACGAAUCAAUGGAAACAGAAGUUAGCCUGACGAAGCUUAAAGGUCUUUUUAAUGAUAUCGCCGCGACGAAUGCGUCUGGCGACCAGGACGCAGGAGAAAAGGCUCGAGCACAGGCACGAGUGGUGGCGCGGGAGUAUGCCGUGCGUCAGAUGAAGGCCAACGGGGGGAAAAAAGCACCGCAGGAGGUGGAAAUUGCAAUACAAGAAAAAUCUGACGACUCUGUUGAAAGGCUACGGCAUGCCCACAUGGAGGCUGUUAAGAUCUCUGAAGAUAUUCUUAACCGAGGGGAGGAUUCCGAGGCAUUUGCGCAGGCGGUAAUAAGUGUAAUUGCGAUUGAACAAGAACUGUAUCGUGGGGAACAGAACCAUAUUAGCCAAGCAGUGACAGAAGCCACGGGGAAAGCAGUAACGCUCCAUGACGACGCAAAGACAGUGGAGGGGAACGCAAUGGUUGACAGCAAUGGAAAAACCAGCGGUGUGGGAAGUGUUGUCGAAAAUAAAUUCUUGCAGAAAAAUACCGGCAACAUUUUGCAAGGCAUCGAGAGUCAAAAUCACAGGAACCACGGCAAAGAAAGGCAGAAUCAAAAGGAGCCAAAAGCGGAAGGGUCAAAUGGGGCGAAGCACGGAAGUGCCCUGCAAACAGCAGCAGUGGCCGGUGCCCACGACGGCGAUGUCGCUGAUGCUCGCUCGAAUUUCCUCAAUGAGUUAUACUUGGAACAUCAUCAGGCACUUAUGCGCUUCCUGCAGCUUGUCGGUAAUGAACACGCGACGUUGCGGCAGGUCUUGCAAGAUGAGACAGACGAAUUGGUGGGGAAAAUAGAGGCUGAGAUACGUCGCCUUGGAGGUGAAGUGGAAACUCACUAUUUAGUCUCUAUCGACACGGCACUUCUCUCUCGUCUCGCGGCGCUGCUUGAUGGUGCCGAGAGGUCUUUUUUUAUGCCGUCGGCACGCAAAAUGCGACUCAACACCCUGGCGUUCAACGGCUCGAGUGACACCACGGAUACCCGGCUAGACACUUACAGCUUGAGGGAAUCAGUCUCACCAGAGGAUGUGGCGAAUUUGCUAAGCAGGCAGGAUGUAACCGUUGACGAUAUUCCUCCAUGGUUGAUUGAGCUUCUAGAAAGGGCUGAUGAUGAGUUCGAUCCGGCGCUGCAGGAGGACCCCGCAGCGGCAGAAUGGGUAAAAAAGGUACUGGCGAAAGUUGAUACGGCGCGAAAAAAACGUGGAAGGGAACUAACAGAAUUGCUGCGUCAGCGCAGAGAAAAUCUUAUGCGGGCCAGAGCGGAGGCAUCCCAGCGGAGUAACAUGUCAGGAGACGUCACCGGUGAAUGUAAUAGUAAUGACAGCGUUGUCGGGGUCAUGGGCGCAGAAGAGACAGAAGCCCUCCUCCUCUGUCACCCAUCGCUGCAACGUGUGUUUUCACCCUCACUGUACGGUCACAGCCUCCCACCAGGGAAGCACCACGCGGUGUUGCGUCGCCGCUCGUUAUUGGAAAAAAACGUUCUUUUUGCGGAGCCUAAUGGCGACGUGAAAACUGAGGUGUCAAAACGGCUUCUAAAAAUGCAAUGUAGCAACACCGACGAUGCGUUAAAGGGCGAUAGUAAUUUUUUCAGCGUCCUUCCGCCAGUUGGACUGCGAGGACUUUCACGCAGGCAGCAAGCCCAGUUUCAGACGAUGCACGGAGCCCCCAAUUUGCUGCAACCACGUGAACCGCCGCGGGAUGCCGCCCACGCUCCUGAGAAUGUUCGUCGCACCGCCACGCGUGGCGCUUCGCGAAUUGCGGCGACGGAAGUGGAUCACUCUACUUUCACUCCGGAGGAACUUGCAGGCCGCAUCAUGGCUUACCGUCCUGCCUUCCCGCGCCAUGAAGGAACGAGCAGAAUUACCGCACGCAUGACGGCGGCGUAUCCCACCUUUGCAAUCCCCGUCGCGGCGGCGUCCAUGCCGCCGUUGUCAUCUGGCACCGCUGGAGAAAGGGGAGGCCCUUUGCAGCAUCCACAUGGAGCACUGGAGUCGUACGUUUCUUGGGUGUACGGCGUGCCGUCGGAGCUGCUGUUUCCUAUGCUGCGCGGGGCGGCGCCGGAGGAAAGCGACGCCGUUUUAUUCUUGCCGGCCUGCGCAUACACCGAAAAGGACGGCGGGAACGCUACUCAUUGCAUUCAGACGUCAUUUGUUCGACGAAUGCUGGCGCGCAUGGAUUUAUUCUCAUCCCCCGCAACCCUCGCGGCACGGCGUCUCAACGCACAGUUGCAGAUGUCGAUGUCAGACUGGCGAAUGGGCGUCGUCGGUAGGGCCAUCACUCCCGCCCCCCGCGGGAAUCAUACGCCGCAGCAAAAAAAAAAAUGA